CACUUCGACAGGAGGAAGGAAACAGGAGUUACAUAACAGGCAACCGUCCAGAGCAAUCAAACUGGAGAGCGACCCGUCUGACUGAUUUGUUGAAUUUCAAGAUUCAAGGAGCUGUGUUUAUCCCGAGGGAAAUUGCUGCGCAACAGUAGCAGGACAAAGUGAGAGUGUUACUGGUGUUUCUCUCAAACUGGAGAAGAUGAGUGAGGAAGAGGACAAGUCUCCAGUCUCCAGCUGUCUGUCUCUGAAGAGUGACCGCUCUAGAGACUUUAAUAUAAAUUUCAGUGAUGAACCCGGACCCUCAGACACAGAACGGAGAGCAGAGCCUCCAGUCCCCAGCUGUCUGUCUCUGAAGAGUGACUGGUCUAAAGAUAUUAAUCCACUCUUCAGUGAUGAACCUGGACCCUCAGACACAAAAGGGAAGAGGAGAAGUCCUGUUCCUGUGGAGGAGCAGCUGUACAGCUGUGCUCUGUGUCAGGACGCCCUAAAGGAUCCAGUCUCUACCAGCUGUGGACACUGGUUCUGCAGACAGUGCAUCACCUCAUACUGGGAGCAGCGACCUCCACCAGGAGACUCCUGUUGUCCCCAGUGUGGAGAGAGAUCCAGAACCAGAGCUGGACUGCAGACAGCCAGUCAGACCAGCUCUGUACAAAAUGGUCUGCAGGAGGUUUUAGAGGAACAUAGGACCAGUCUGAGGAGGAGAUGUGAACGUGUGACUGAAGGAACUGAUGGAAGUGAAACCCUCCUCAACAGCAUCUUCACUGAGCUCUACAUCACACAAGGACGGAGUGAAGAGGUUAAUACCCAACAUGAAGUGAGGCAGCUGGAGACAGCUUCCAAGAAAAAGAGCCUCCAUGACACUCUGAUCAAGUGCCAGGACAUCUUUAAAGCCUUACCUGACCAGCAGACACACAUCAGAGCGGUCCUGACCAACGGCAUUGCUGGAGUUGGAAAAACCUUCUCAGUGCAGAAGUUCACUCUGGACUGGGCCGAGGGUUUGGAGAACCAAGAGGUCAGUCUGGUGAUCCCGCUCCCCUUCAGGGAGCUGAACCUGAUCAAAGCUGAGCAGUACAGUCUUCUCAGGCUGAUCCAUGUAUUCCAUCCAGCCUUACAGAAGGUCACAGCAGAGCAGCUGGCUGUCUGUAAAGUGCUGUUCAUCUUUGACGGCCUGGAUGAAAGCAGACUCUCUCUGGAGUUCAGAAACAGGAAGGUUGUGUCUGAUGUCUCACAGCAGUCCUCAGUCAACGUGCUGCUGACAAACCUCAUCAGGGGGAAGUUGCUUCCCUCGGCUCUCGUCUGGAUCACUUCCAGACCUGCAGCGGCCAAUCAGAUCCCUCCUGAGUGUGUGGACAGGGUGACAGAAGUACGAGGCUUCACUGACGCCCAGAAGGAGGAGUACUUCAGGAGGAGAUCCAGAGAUGAAGAACAGUCCAGCAGAAUCAUCUCUCACAUCAAUAGCUCCAGGAGCCUCCACAUCAUGUGUCUGAUCCCAGUCUUCUGCUGGAUCACUGCUGCAGUUCUGGACCAAAUCUUGACUACAGACCAGAGAGGAGAGCUGCCUAAGACCCUCAGUGACAUGUACUCACACUUCCUGCUGGUCCAGACAAAGAGGAAGAAGCAGAAGUACCAUGAGGGACAUGAGACGAGUCCACAGCAGCUGACGGAGGCUGACAGGGAGGUUCUCCUGAAGCUGGGGAGGCUGGCGUUUGAACAUCUGGAGAAAGGAGACAUCAUGUUCUACCAAGAAGACCUGCAGCGCUGUGGUCUUGAUGUCACCGAGGCCUUGGUGCACUCAGGAGUCUGUACAGAGAUCUUCAAAAGGGAGAGUGUGAUUUUCCAGAAAACAGUCUACUGCUUUGUUCAUCUGAGCGUCCAGGAGUUCCUGGCUGCAGUCUACAUGCUGCACUGCUACACCAACAGAGACACAGCGGUACUGAAGGACUUCCUGCAGGGAGACUGUGACUAUUACCUAGGUGAUGGCAGUGAUCAGGAUUACCCAUCCCUGGAUGGCUUCUUAAAGGAUACCAUGAAGAAAUCCCUCAGAAGUGAAAAUGGCCACCUGGACCUGUUCGUCCGCUUUCUCCACGGCCUCUCUCUGGAGUCCAACCAGAGACUCUUAGGAGGCCUGCUGGGUCGCACAGACAGCCGUCCAAAGAUCAUGCAGAGAGCCAUCAGUAACCUGAAGGAGAUGAGCGGUGAUGAAAUCGUUCCUGGCAGGAGCAUCAACAUCUUCCACUGUCUGACAGAGAUGAAGGACCACUCAGUACAUCAGGAGAUCACAGAGUUCCUGAAGUCAGGGAACAGAUCAAAGAAGAGACUCUCUGUGAUCCACUGCUCAGCUCUGGCCGACAUGCUGCAGAUGUCAGAGGAGGUUCUGGAUGAGUUGGACCUGAAGAAGUACAACACAUCAGAGGAGGGACGAUGGAGACUGAUUCCAGCUGUGAGGAACUGCAGGAAGGCUGUACUCUCUAACUGUCAACUCUCAGAGACUCACUGUGAAGUCGUGGCCUCAGCUCUGAAGUCUGAGCCCUCCCAUCUGAGAGAUCUGGACCUGAGUUUCAACAAGCUGCAGGAUUCAGGAGUGGAGCUGCUGAGUUCUGGACUGAAGAGUCCAAACUGCAGACUGGAGACUCUCAGACUGUGGAGCUGCAGGUUGUCAAAGAUCAGCUGGGCUGCUCUGGCCUCAGCUCUGAAGUCCAACACCUCCCAUCUGAGAGAUCUGGACCUGAGUUACAACGUUCUGCAGGAUUCAGGAGUGAAGCUGCUGAGAGGUCUUCUGGAGAGUCCUCUCUGCAGACUGGAGACUCUCAGACUGAAGAACUGCAGUCUGUCAGAGAUCAGCUGUGCUGCUCUGGCCUCUGCUCUGAAGUCCAACCCCUCCCAUCUGAGAGAUCUGGACCUGAGUGGCAAUAAUCUGCAGGAUUCAGGAGUGAAGCUGCUGAGAGAUCUUCUGGAGAGUCCUCUCUGCAGACUGGAGACUCUCAGGAUCGAUGAAGGGACGAUCACAGCCAAGAUCCAGAAGAGCUGUGACUCCGGUGUGGAACAGGAAGUGAAGACGGACAGAGAGGUGAGAGAGGAGCAGUCGUACCGUGUGAAGGCUCCAGUUUCAAGGACGGGGAAAGCCAGUCUGAAGAGCUCCACGGGGGAAGGCUUCCCACAGAAAAGCUGCAUUCUGCAGUGAAAAUCAGAUCAGAGCAUUUUCCAAAACAAGGAAAACAUGAACUGUAAAACAAGUCUCCUCGUUACGGGAAACAAACCGUCAGCUGUCGGAACCAUUCUGUAAAAAAUGUAGGAGCAUGUUAAACACUAAACUGUUCUAAUUCACAGAAAAUAUCAUUUAAACCAGUAAAUACACCGGGGCUUUUCUGGUGAAUUAGCACGCUGCAUUUCACAGAUUCUGCCUGUAAAAUGUAGUAUAGUUGCUGAACGUUGAAUACCUUUCAAUACCACAAUGAUCAAUACCAUGUCAGUCAUUGGUACUCAGAAGUUGUGUAUGAUGUAAUGUUUUGUGCAGGAUUCAUUGCAUAUUCAACAUGAUAGUAACAUUUAAAGAUUGCAACUCUGUAAAAUGCAUCCCCUUUUUUAUAUUUUUAAAGUCAUCAAAUUAUUUUCUAUAAAUCCUACACUUUACAAGCAGAUGAACCCUUUUCAUAUAAUAAAGAGUAUGGGGUCAGGGGGCUUUGCUGGUUAUUAGAGUUUAUAUGUAGUGUCAGAUACUCCCGAUGGACUCAUUCGUGGCCCAAAGUCCAGCAGUGGCUCAGUCAGUAGGGGCUUGGACUGGGAAUCGUAGGGUUGCCGGUUCAAGUCCCCGAACAGACUUGAAAUAUGGAAAGUGGACUGUUACUUGGAGAGGUCCCAGUUCACCUCCUAGGCCCUGCUGUGGUGCCCUUGAGCAAGGCACCGGACACCUCCAAUCCCCCCUCCCCAUUGCUCCCCGGGCGCUGCUCGAUAGCUGCCCACUGCUCCUAGUACUAGGAUGGGUUAAAUGCAGAGGACCAAUUUCACUGUGUGUGCUCUGCUGUGUGCAUGUAUGUGAAAAU